CACUGUCCUUGGGUCUACUGGUAGGGUCUCCGGGAAACAAAGCUCACUUCUCCCUUUUGGCCAGUCGUUAGGUGUUUCAAAAUACUUCGACUCCUGAUGGCCAAUUCCAAAAGGCGGGUUAAGAUGACUACAGAGAACCAAUGCGGAAUUUCCUGUCCUAUAGAAUGUUUCUACUGCUAUCGUAUUUUCUUGUUAUUUUUGACAACGUAAAUAAUGUUUUUGUUUUUUUACUCUUAGCUGUUCCAGAACCUGUUGCCCUCUAUCCCUUGAAUACACCCUAUAAAGCCGCAGAAAAACAGAACAGGCAGCCAAAGGGAAUCCUGGGAGAUGUUGCGAUUACAAACGGACCCUACAACGAACCAGGCGGAGCGUACAUGUUUUACGGCAUUGUUAGCAGCUACAUCGAGUUUCCGAAUACAGGGGGCCUGGACACUCGGUUCUCAAUCACAUUGAUGUGCUGGGUUCGACCCGGAGGCCAAGAUGGACCAUUAUUCAGUUACGGAAAAGAUGGCCGGGGAGUCCAGAUAUGGAUUGACCGGGGCAGAUUUAAUCUAAGCCUCUCUGAUCUGCCGGCCUCUGGAUUGUUAAGUUCGGAGGUUCUUCCAACUGGAGUGUGGGUUCAUGUUGCAGCAACGUACAAUUAUCAUAUCAGAAUUAGCUCUCUGUUUAUCAAUGGACAUUUAAAUGUCUCGAAUCGCAUACGCAGAAGGUAUGCGGUCGCAACCAACGCCGACAAAGUUCGAAUGGGGGUUAGAGUUAACGAUAAUAGAUACUUCAAAGGGAAAGUCGCGGAAAUGAAAGUUUACGAUGUUGCAUUGAAUGAAGCCCAGAUACAGACAUCGAUAAGACAAGUUCCACCAAUGGUAACAUUCCCAGCUGCUCUGUUAGCAAUACAAGGAGGCAUGCUGUCAUGUUCAGCCAGAGGAACUCCUCCCAUAUACACAGCACUGAUACGGAACUCUACAGUACUGGUGAAUACAACAAACACUGCAACCAUCCGUCUGGACAAGGAUGGAAACUACACCUGCCAGGCCAUCAACCAGUAUGGAACUGACGUGAAAGAACUCCAAGUCAAUUUCACAAGUAAGAGAUUUCUUUCUGGCCUAAACACUCUUUUCUUGUCAAGUACAGUACAAUGCUUGAGAGUUACAGGUAAACUUCGAGAAAACGCCCUGUAAGGGCCCUCUGGGUGC